GCAGUGAGUGUCAUGUCAGUGUAGUGGUCUGUCGUGCGUUUCCAGUUUUGUGUGAGCGCGCGUGCGAGCGUAUCUGUCUCGGGCUCAUGCGAUUGAGGUGCCGGCACGAUGAAGUGGCGCGCGCGCGCGGCUCCGUACCGCGCCAAAGAGCGCGCCAACAUCAGCUUCUUCAUAUUCGUCAUGUUCUUCGCUGUCUUCGGCGUCAUAGUACUCACACAGCUCCUGCUGCUCGAGAGGCCUAAUACAUCCGCUUCCUCACGCUCUAGAUACAACGAGGAACUUCAGGGUUGGGAGGGCAGCAGAAUCGAGACAGGCAACGGGGAUGGGGGGGAUUCGUCGAUCCCCGCCCACGCCCCUCUAGACGCGGUGUGGCAGCCUGUUGCGGGCACUAGGUUCAGAUUUUACGUUUACUCGGCGUAUGUUGAACGACGCUCGGUGGCGGUGGUGCGUGUGAUAGCGGCGACCAAGACGCGCGGCCCCGAUUCUGUCAUAUGCCGACUGUGGCUACCAGACAACCGGACGCUCACACUGAAAGCAAGGGUUAAGGCGAUUAGAGAAAAUUGGAAUUUGAAGUACAGUGCCACGUACGUGCUGUGUCUACUGCGUGACACUGGUGUGAAGCCACAGGACACAGUGGGUGCAUCCAUAUCAGUUUUGGCGGCUAAUUCACCAAACCGGUCGCCCACGAAUCUGUUGAUCGUACUAGACACAGAACCCAAGAGUGGUAUAGAAGAAACACUCCAUAUAUGUGUGAAACCUUUCCACUUCUCUUACAAUCGCGAUGAUUGGCUAGUAGAAUGGUUCGAGUUCAAUCGUCUUUUGGGCGCGAGCCACUUUUACAUGUACAACGAGUCGUUGAGUACUCCAGUUGGCUGCCUGCUGGAUCACUAUCGCAAGCAGGGUUUAGUUACGCUGCUACCAUGGAAGCUGCCCAUCAUAUCAAAAGUUGAAAUCAGGACGGAGGGUCAGUUUGCCGCAUUCAACGAUUGUCUGUACCGGUCCAUGUCUAAAGCUGGCUGGCUUCUAGUAAUAGAUGUGGACGAAUUGGUAGUGCCAAGACGUGAGCGGAAUCUACCCGCAUUGUUGACAGCACUCAGAGCGUCCUAUAGUCCGCCGUCAAAAGCUCCGGCAGCGUUCUUGUUCAGGAACGCCUUCUUUUAUUUACGAUGGGAUGACGACACGGAAGCGCCUGCUUCACUGGUGACCGCUCGUAAGACUCGCAGAUGGGCGACACCGCAUGCGUUGAAGAAUAGGAGCAAGUACGCGCUCCGGCCGCGAGAUGCCGUGGAGCUCGGCAACCAUUUUGUGUGGGAGCACUCGCCCGGUGCUUCGUCAGCCGGCGUGCCCACCGAGAGGGCGCUUCUACAUCACUAUAGAAUUGCCUGUGAGUACGGUGGUGUAAAUUGCCUAACUGUACCGUCAACAGUCGAUCGUACAGCUCACAGGUGGUCUGAGGAAUUACUACAGCGGGUCAUCCAUGAACGGGAACUGCUGAUCAAAGACUGUCCAGCGUAAUCACUAAAUGAAAGUGUGUUGAACUAUAUCAAUAGUAUAUGGACUAGGUCUUCAAAUCGUGAAAAAUAUAUUUGCCAACAUUAUUUAUUACAAUACGGCGAACUUUGAAAGAAUACAGACCUACUAACGCUAAGAAAAUGGAACUUUAACUAGUCUUAGCAAAAAUAUCUCGAGCUGUUAUCAGCAGACAUAUAGUACUUUAUUGUACAUUUUUAGUUUUUUAUGCAAAAAGAUGUUAAAUAUUUUUUUUUGUAAACAAUUGAGUUUCUGUGAUAAAGCUCUAUGGUAGCCUAGAAAUUUAGUCGAUUGGCUUGUAUAUACUUACUUGUUAUUAUGUACAAAUUUAACCUAGAUCUCGAUUAAAAAAAUAUAUAUAAUCUAGCUUUUGCCCGCGACUUCGUCCGCGUGAUAUAGUUACUUUGGGCAUCAUAUUUUCCAAAAACGCUGUUGUUUUUUGAGCUGAUGAUGAAAUUACCUUGAUGUUUAAGUUCGAAGAUAGUACAACAAAAUACCAACGAAUGUCCAAUAUGUUUCAGCACUUUAUCUUUGAAACUUUAGAGAUAUUAAUCCAAUUCAAUGCAAUUUG